GUUCCGUUCAAUGUCUUGCAUAAGUCAUUAGAUCCACCACCGAUAAGCUCUCUUCAAUUCACUUCCUUUAUCAUUAUUGUUAUAUCACUGUAGUUAAUUGAUUAACAAUGACUUCCAAUGCCUUGCAACUUCGUUUCGUUCAAGCUCGGCAUCCUUAUUCUUCGGUUGGACUUGGACGUUUCAAUUUCCAGCUUUUCCCACCAAAUGAACGGCUCCAUUUUACUAACUCCGUGGCUUCAGUUUCCCCUUCUUAUACUACAUCAUUUUCCAAAGUCUCUUGUAAGGGAAGAAAUGAUACUGAUGUGUUACUCGAAAGGAAUAAAGCUGACAUGCAGAAUCUAGGCGGCUUAUCAAACGAAUUAACAUGCGUAAUGAAAUUCGGUGGAUCCUCAGUUGCAUCUGCAGACAGGAUGAGAGAAAUCGCUCAUUUGAUUCUCGGGUUUCCUGAAGAGAGACCUGUCAUCGUUCUUUCUGCCAUGGGAAAGACAACUAACAAACUUUUAAAUGCUGGAGAAAAGGCUGUUAGCUGUGGGAUUUCGAAUGUUUCUAGUUUAGAAGAAUUAGCUUUUGUCAAAGCCCUCCAUUUCAGAACUAUGGAUGAACUUGGAAUUGAUAUUUCAAUAGUUUCAACCCACCUUGAGGAAUUGGAGCAGCUUUUGAAGGGAAUUGCUCAAGUUAAAGAAUUGACUCUUCGUACAAAAGACUAUCUUGUCUCGUUUGGAGAAUGCAUGUCAACAAGAAUUUUUGCUGCAUAUUUGAAUAAAAUCGGUGUUCGGGCUCGCCAAUAUGAUGCAUUUGACAUUGGCUUCAUAACAACAGAUGAUUUCACCAAUGCCGACAUUUUAGAGGCGACUUAUCCUGCAGUUGCAAAGAGGUUAUACAGUGAUUGGAGUUCUGAUCCUGCAAUUCCUGUUGUUACUGGUUUUCUUGGAAAGGGAUGGAAGUCUUGCGCCAUUACUACAUUUGGAAGAGGUGGUAGUGACUUGACUGCUACAACUAUUGGUAAAGCACUGGGUCUUCGUGAGAUCCAGGUAUGGAAGGAUGUUGAUGGUGUCUUAACAUGUGAUCCCAAUAUAUAUACAAGGGCACAACCAGUUCCAUAUCUUACAUUUGAUGAGGCUGCAGAACUUGCUUAUUUUGGUGCACAGGUCCUGCAUCCGCAGUCCAUGAGACCAGCAAGGGAAGGAGAUAUUCCUGUUAGAGUUAAAAAUUCUUACAACCCAAAAGCCCCAGGGACCCUCAUCACCAAAAAAAGAGAUAUGAAUAAGGCAUUGUUAACUAGCAUUGUCUUGAAACGAAAUGUUACCAUGUUGGAUAUCGUGAGCACUCGAAUGCUUGGUCAAUAUGGCUUUCUUGCCAAGGUAUUCUCCAUCUUUGAGGAUUUGGGCAUAUCUGUGGAUGUUGUAGCAACAAGUGAAGUCAGUAUUUCUUUAUCUUUAGAUCCAUCAAAGCUCUGGAGCAGAGAAUUGAUUAAACAGGAACUUGAUCAUGUUCUGGACGAGCUUGAAAAGAUUGCAGUUGUGAAUCUUCUUCAACAUAGAUCAAUCAUAUCUCUCAUAAGCAAUGUCCAGAGAAGCUCACUUAUACUAGAGAAGGCAUUUCAUGUUCUUCACACCAAUGACAUUAAUGCCCAGAUGAUUUCUCAGGGUGCAUCCAAGGUGAACAUCUCGUUGAUAGUAAACGAUAGUGAAGCAGAGCAGUGCGUGAGGGCUAUUCACUCUGCCUUCUUUGAGAAUGACGACGUACCUCAACAUGGUUUCGAAACACAAUAUGAGGAGAAGAACCCCGUGCUGAUAUCAAUAAACGAGUGUUGAUUUGGUUCAUCACUCACGAUGUGUAACUGUAGCGAUAACACAAAAUAAGUUAUUGUACUGUUAAAUGGAUAGUGGUUUGUUUGAUAUAAACUUCAAGAAAGAUUCAUGAAAGAGAUAUGUAGUAUAUUUACAUACUAUUCUUGUCGAGUUAGCUUUUUUCAGAUAAUAAACUCUGGUUAGAGAGUUUGCACUAGAAGAGAUCGAUUGUAAUAAGUCUUACUUUGGAGUGGGCAUUUAAAAUAUU